GGCACAGCGCAGGCACCGGCCCGGAGAGCAGCAACAUGAGCGGAAGAAGCAUUCAGAAUGAAAGCCUUCUUUUGGGAAGAUUGUAAUUGAGACAGAAAAAGUGGUUGCUGAGUAUGGAAGGGGAAGUCCAAGGAUCACAGAACAAUGACAUGAAAAGACAAUUUCUGCUGGAGCGACUGCUGGAUGCAGUGAAACAGUGCCAGAUCCGCUUUGGAGGGAGAAAGGAAAUCGCCUCGGAUUCCGACAGCAGGGUGACCUGUCUGUGUGCCCAGUUCGAGGCCGUCCUACAGCAUGGCUUGAAGAGGAGUCGCGGAUUAGCACUAACAGCAGCUGCGAUCAAACAGGCAGCGGGUUUCUCCAGCAAAACUGAAACAGAGCCCGUGUUCUGGUUCUACGUGAAGGAGGUCCUCAGCAAGCACGAGCUGCAGCGCUUCUACUCCCUGCGCCACAUCGCCUCGGACGUGGGCCGUGGCCGGGCCUGGCUGCGCUGUGCCCUCAACGAACACUCGCUGGAGCGCUACCUGCACAUGCUCCUGGCCGACCGCAGCAGGCUCAGCACUUUUUAUGAAGACUGGUCUUUCGUGAUGGAUGAAGAAAGGUCUAGCAUGCUUCCUACCAUGGCGGCUGGUCUGAACUCCAUACUCUUCGCGAUCAACAUUGACAACAAGGAUUUAAAUGGGCAGAGCAAGUUUGCUCCUACCGUCUCGGACCUCUUAAAGGAGUCAACGCAGAAUGUGACCUCCUUGCUGAAGGAGUCCACGCAAGGAGUGAGCAGCCUUUUCAGGGAGAUCACGGCAUCCUCUGCUGUCUCCAUCCUCAUCAAACCUGAGCAGGAGACCGACCCCCUGCCUGUCAUGUCCAAGCACGUCAGUGCCGAUGCAAAAUGUAAAAAGGAACGGAAGAAGAAAAAGAAGGUGACCAAUAUUAUCUCAUUUGAUGAUGAGGAAGAUGAGCAGAACUCUGGUGAUGUUUUGAAAAAGAUACCUGGGACUGGGGAGAGCUCGGAGGAGAACUCCGACCGCUCCUCGGUCAAUAUCAUGUCGGCCUUUGAGAGCCCCUUUGGGCCCAAUUCCAAUGGAAGCCAGAGCAGCAACUCAUGGAAAAUUGAUUCUCUGUCUCUGAAUGGGGAGUUUGGGUACCAGAAGCUCGAUGUGAAAAGCAUCGAUGAUGAAGAUGCGGAUGAAAAUGAGGAGGAUGUGUACAUGUCAGGAAGGAAGCGCACAGGCCACUCAGAAUCACCCGAGAAGCCACUGGACGGGAACACCUGCCUCUCCCAGAUGCACAGCUGGGCUCCACUGCAGGUGCUACACGGUGACACCGACAUCCUCUUUCCGGUCAGUGGAGUGGGUUCCUACAGCCCUGCAGAUGCCCCAGUGGGAAGUCUGGAGAACGGGACAGGACCUGAGGACCAUGCCCUGCCAGAGCCUGGGCCUCGCUACAGCGUGGAAGCCAGUUCUCCAGGCCAAGGAAGUCCUCUGAGCAGCCUGUUACCUUCUGCCUCGGUGCCAGAGUCGAUGACAGUUAAUGAGCUGCGACAAGCCAUCGUGGCCAUGAUGAACAGGAAGGAUGAGCUGGAGGAAGAGAACAGGUCGCUGCGGAACCUGCUGGACGGUGAGAUGGAGCACUCGGCUGCCCUCCGGCUAGAGGUCGACAGCUUGAAGAGGAAGGUGGCUGAGCAGGAGGAGAGGCAUGCCAUGAAGACCCAAGCACUGGCACGGGAAAAUGAGGUGCUUAAAGUCCAGCUGAAGAAAUAUGUAGGAGCUGUCCAGAUGCUGAAAAGAGAAGGUCAAACAGCUGAAGUUUUACCCAACCUUUGGAAUGUCGAUGGAGAAGUGACAGUCGCCGAACCGAAGCCGGGAGAAGUUGCCGAGGAACUGGCGAGCUCCUAUGAAAGGAAGCUCAUCGAGGUGGCAGAGAUGCACGGCGAGCUGAUCGAGUUCAACGAGCGCCUGCACAGGGCCCUGGUGGCCAAGGAAGCCCUCGUGUCCCAGAUGAGGCAGGAGCUCAUUGACCUCCGGGGGCCGGUGCCUGGAGAUUUGAGUCAGACGUCUGAAGACCAGAGUUUGUCGGAUUUUGAAAUAUCAAACCGGGCGCUGAUCAACGUCUGGAUCCCGUCAGUGUUCCUCCGGGGCAAAGCGGCGAAUGCGUUCCACGUGUACCAGGUGUACAUCCGGAUAAAAGACGACGAGUGGAAUGUCUAUCGGCGGUACACAGAGUUCAGGAGUUUGCACCACAAGUUACAGAACAAAUACCCUCAAGUGAGAGCCUACAACUUCCCCCCCAAGAAGGCCAUUGGAAACAAGGACGCCAAGUUUGUCGAGGAGCGAAGGAAGCAGCUGCAGAGCUACCUGCGCAGCGUCAUGAACAAAGUCAUCCAGGCGGUCCCCGAGUUCGCCACCAGCCCCCGGAAGGAGACCCUCGUUCAGCUGAUGCCCUUCUUUGUAACCAGGGGGCUCUCCGAGAGCCCUCCCUGUCCAUACCCUGCCCAUGUUCAGGGGACAGGCUGCCUAGAGCCCAGGCUGGAGGACCCUAGAGGGGAAAUGGUCAACUCGCUGCAGCGGCGCCUCCUGCUGACUCGGUGUGUGGACCUGUGCUUCUCGCCCUCCAUGGAAAUGCCUGGGGCCAGGAACCCGGCCUCUCCCCCUUUUGUGCCCACUGUGGAGCAUAGUGCUGGGAGAUAAAUGCAAAAAUGUCCU